ACCACUACUGGAAAAAUCACGAUUAGGCCCUUUUCAGUGUUUCACUGUGUACAGGUCACCGUAGUAGUCGUCGUAUUCACUCACAGAAACUCUAGUCGGCAAGGCAACGCUUGCCAAUCUUUCGACUCCAACUCGGCUACGACUCGGAACCGGCCUGACUUUUUUUUUUCUUUUUUUCUUUUUGCGAGGGAACCGGCCUGACUUUGGCUUGGCUAUAUCUCUCCACCCGAGGCCGUGGGCACCAGAUCGGAGCAGACCAACGCCACCCUUGACCUUCCUCCACCAAGACACAACGGCCGUGCACGACUGCACUGCACCUAGCAAUGAGACGCGCGACGGCGGCAAGAUCUGAGCACGACGAUACGCGACGCACCAUGAUGUCGGGCCACCGCAAAUUCCCAACACCUCGCUCGAUCGGGCCGGUGGAUCUGAGCGAACCCGGUCGACCUUUUACCCGUACAAACAAAUCGACGCGGACACAGAUGGAGAAGGAGCUAAAGCUACUCAGCAACCAGGCCAGGUUCAUCUCCGCCAUCAUCAGCGGCGAAAUCAAGUACAUCCGGAGGAAGAUGAAGGAGCUGCUGCAGGAUAUAAUCGACAAGGGGUUCGAUCCCAUCCUAAGAGAGGGGUCGCUGCCCGUGCCCGAUGACGAAGGUGAAGCUGCGGCAGCUGGAGAAAGCCGGGAUGAAGAAGACCCCAGCAGCUGCUACUAUGAGUACCUCACCUCUAUGCCAAUGCGUUUCUUCAAUGACGAGUACCUGCAGCAGCAUCUUCUCAAGAGGAUAUCCGAGAUCAAGGAGGCGAUGCGGUCGUCUCACACUAAACACAUGGAUGCUCAAUCGGAUCGAGAGGCUACCGGAAACGAUUGUGUGCCUGAAGCAGCAGCAACAACGCCCAGGAGACGGUGUAAGAGGAGUGCAGCAGAAUCGGUGCCCAUAGAUGACGAUGACAACGAGGAGGAAGCCGCCGCCCAACUGUACGACUAUCUGGCCGCAAUUGUUGGGCUUGGCCCCCAACAACAUGCUGAACCUGUGACCGUGAGCACGCAGAGGCGACCAACGAAGAAGCAGCGGAGGAAGAAAUCAAGUAUAGUUGGCGCGCUACUACCUCUCGAGGACAUCAACAUAGCCGCUUCGACUUCGACCGGCACCAAUGAUGCUUGGACGAGCCGACCUGCAGUGCCUUAUUCGCUGUCAACGCUCGGCUUCGCAAGGAGUAUUUGAUACUCCCUCUGUAAACUAACAUAAGACCAUUUACAUCACUCAUGUUCAUGUAGAAGCUGAAUCUGUGUUUUGUUGUGCGUCACAGACAUAAGAGUGUUUGAAAGUUGAGUUCAGUGUCAGAUUGUAUCGACACACAUGCUAAAAGGUAAGUUGAGUUCAGUGUUUGAAAGGUGAGCAUGCAUGAGAAAUUUCAGCGUCAUGGGAUGAUACAAUAGGAUAUUGUGAUCGAAGCUUUCAUUAAAUUAUUAACCAACUUGAAACAC